AUGGAGAUGAGGAAGAGCAGGAGUAGGAGCAGUAUGGCCACCACGUGGGGGUGUACUGCGGCAGCAGGAGUUGCAGCACUACUUGCGUUACCAGGAACAUCGCAGGCCAGUCCUUCUCAAAACUUCUACCAAUUCCCGCAAAUCAUGAACGCGACGCCACUGGAGAGUCUGUACAGGGUGAAUUUCUCGAAUAUUUCCUCGCCGUCGAACACUUCGCAGGACAAUUUCACAUCCAACGAAACACUUAUAGACAGCGGCGACGGGGAACCAUUAGGCGACUUGAUCCUCAUGGGAGUCCUGUCGAUAGUCCUUGGUCUUAUGAUUCUCGUUACCGUUAUAGGUAAUGUCUUUGUUAUAGCCGCAAUUCUGCUGGAAAGGAAUCUUCAGAACGUUGCCAACUACCUGAUAGUUUCUUUGGCUGUGGCGGACCUCAUGGUGGCGUGCCUGGUGAUGCCCCUGGGGGCCGUAUACGUGAUAAGUAAUAAUUGGAUUAUGGGUCCAGAGUUAUGCGACAUGUGGACGUCCAUAGAUGUUCUAUGUUGUACAGCAUCAAUUUUACAUUUAGUAGCGAUAGCAGUCGACAGGUACUGGGCUGUCACGAACGUGGACUACAUUCACACCAGGAACAGCAGCCGGAUAGGAGUCAUGAUAGUUGUCGUCUGGAGCAUAGCUCUGGUUGUGUCACUAGCUCCUCAAAUACCCCAAUUCAAAGACCCCGAUUACUUGUACAGGAUACAAGUGAAAAAACAAUGCCUGGUCAGCCAGGAUGUCAAAUAUCAAAUCUUUGCAACGAGCUCAACCUUCUACGUGCCCCUCCUAGUAAUCUUCGUACUCUACUGGAAGAUAUUCCAAACGGCCAGGAAACGGAUCCGAAGACGAAGGGAGCUCAAGUCUCAAAUAAUAGAGAAAGUAGAGAGAACCAACAAUAACAGUAGGGUACCUAAAAACUUCCUAGCGAGGCGAAAAUUCUUGCGAAUGAAGAAGUACAGCAGUAAGCAAUCCUCGGCGGCGGAAGCCCUUGUGAAUUCCUUAGUCAUGAUGGAGGGCCAGUCCACCACAACCAUGGAAAUCGUCGAGGAGCAAGACGAACAAACGAACGACCAGGAGACGACCGCUUUCACCAUAACCAAACCAACGGCGCAGAACGUGCAGAACGACGUCCCCGUGAUAUCGAACAACGUCUCCCCUGAGAAAUCCUCGGCCACGACGAACAACGGUUCCGCCAGCCACCAGAGCCACAUAAGCGACAUCAGCAGGGCGGAGAUCCUACACAAGGAGAUACCCCCCUGUCCGGCCUCAGUGGACAAGCUCAUACCGUCCAGGAAGGAGAAGAAGGAGAGUCUGGAGGCGAAGAGGGAACGGAAGGCUGCCAAGACCUUGGCGAUCAUCACGGGGGCCUUCGUGAUGUGCUGGCUGCCGUUCUUCAUCCUGGCCCUUCUGAUGCCGCUGUGCGGAGACGCAUGCAUCAUCAGCGACUACAUCAUGAGCUUCGCGCUGUGGUUGGGUUACUUCAAUUCGACCCUGAAUCCUGUGAUCUAUACGAUUUUCAGCCCGGAGUUCAGGCAGGCCUUCAAGAGGAUCUUGUGCGGCGGCCACAGGGCCGGCAGGAACUUUAGAUCGGGCAAGAUUAGAUAA